ACGACAUGGUGCACUUUGGUCACGCCAACUCGUUGCGCCAGGCCAAAGCCAUGGGCGACUACCUGAUGGUGGGAGUGCACAGUGACGCAGAGGUCACCGAGCACAAGGGGCCGCCCGUGUUCACCGAGGAGGAACGAUACAAAAUGGUGCGCGCCAUCAAAUGGGUCGACGAGGUAGUGGAAGCCGCUCCUUACGUUACCACCCUCGAGACUUUGGACAAGUACGGGUGUGACUUCUGCGUAAACGGAGGUAGGGCUACGAACUAG